CCCCCCCUUCCUAACUCACAGGCUUUCUGCUCUUCUCUCUCAUUCUUUGUUUCCGGCAUGGCCACGGACCUCGAGGGAGCCGCUCCUCACAAGGACUACCAUGACCCCCCUCCCGCUCCCCUCUUCGACACCGCCGAGCUCCGCAAGUGGUCUUUCCACAGGGCUGUCAUUGCCGAGUUCGUGGCCACCCUCCUGUUCCUCUACAUCACUGUCUUGACUGUAAUUGGUUACAAAAGCCAGACUCACAACGGUACCGCCUGCGAUGGCGUCGGCCUUCUUGGCGUUGCCUGGGCUUUUGGCGGCAUGAUUUUCGUCCUCGUUUACUGCACUGCCGGCAUUUCUGGAGGACACAUAAACCCGGCGGUGACAUUCGGGCUGUUUCUGGCCAGGAAGGUGUCGCUGAUUAGAGCGAUUAUGUACGUAUUGGCUCAGUGCCUGGGAGCCAUAUGUGGGUGUGGCUUGGUCAAGGCUUUCCAGAAGGCCUACUACAACCGUUAUCAAGGUGGAGCCAACAUGUUGUCUUCUGGCUACAGCAAAGGCACUGGCUUGGGUGCUGAGAUUAUAGGCACCUUCGUCCUUGUCUACACCGUCUUCUCUGCCACUGAUCCCAAGAGAAAUGCCAGAGACUCUUACGUUCCCGUGCUGGCUCCUCUUCCAAUUGGAUUUGCGGUGUUCAUGGUUCACCUGGCCACCAUCCCCAUCACCGGCACCGGCAUCAACCCGGCCAGGAGCUUCGGUGCCGCAGUCAUGUACAACAAUGAGAAGGCAUGGGAUGACCAUUGGAUCUUCUGGGUUGGACCCUUCAUCGGUGCGGCCAUUGCGGCAUUUUACCACCAAUUUGUGUUGAGAGCUCAGGCGGCCAAAGCUCUGGGGUCUUUCAGGAGCCACUCCAACUUGUAAUUCUCACUCAGCUUUGUCGCUGGGGAUUGCCGAUCGAGGAGGAUGGAUUGAGGCCGAACUGAUUUGCAAAUGCAUGGCGGAUGGCAAUUUGUACAUCCUCAUAUCAUGAAAUUAUAUCAUAUAUUAUUAAUUAGCGUCAGCAACCAAGUUUGUUAUUUAUGUACUUUAGGGAUUACCUUCAUUUCAAUUAAAUGUGCGCUUGAUGUCCUUGUUUUUUUUAUUUAUUUCGUGUUACUGUCUGUAUCCUUAUUUUGUGAAGUUAUAAAUUGCGCGGGGGA